CAACUGGCCUCCGAACGUAUCUGCCAGUCGGCAGCGGGGCAGUGUCUUGCGAUGAACUGACGUGGGUAGUUCGGUUCGAUUUGAACAGAUUUCGGCAAGUACCGUAACGCGGAUAUAACAGUUCCUACGUGGCCGAUUUGUGUGUUUCGCGGUCACCAGUUGUGCACCAGUGAACCACCGGUGAUAGUGAUUGUGACAGAACCAUACACCGUUCGUGACACCGCGUAAGUGACCGUACAGCGAUCGAUUGACGGAGCAGAGCCGACCGAAUUUCGGUUCCGCCACAGUUUUCAUCCGACGUCUUAGUCGAAUAGGCUUCAUCGUCGGUUUCAUCUAGGGUGCAACAGAAGGUUACCGAUUCUGUUAACAGGAUGUCCCGAAAACGGCCCCGGGAGAUGGCACUUUCGUCGACGAGUCGGGCAUCAACGGAGGAUUCAGUCACACUGGACAUUGUUGCGAGUGUAGAAUCGAGCGAUGGCCAGCGACGUCAGCACAAUGGACGAACCAAAAACGGUGGUGAUACGAUUAAUGGUAGUGGUGCUGCUGCUGCUGCUGCUGGUGGUGCUGGUGGUGUAGCGACAAACAAACGGUUCAGUAGUAUUCGCAUCGAAGAUGAUGGGAUGGAAAUCGGCAGUGUUGAUAAUUGCUGGCCACCUGAGCAGGAUAGCUCACGGGACGGACGAAUGAAUUUCGAUUCCCAACCAUCAACAUCUACGAAACCGACGCUUUCCAGUUUAUCCAGUCAACUAGGAAGUGGUGUCGAGCAUAGCCCACCGGUCACAAUUUGCAAACCGGCGCCAUACUCGGAUGAGCUGGAUGCGAUUACCGAACGGGAUCAUUGUGACUACAACCAGAAGAUCACCUACCAGAUGGCUCGAAAUGGCACCGCACCGCGAAGGAUUCGGGUCUACGCCGACGGUAUUUACGAUCUAUUCCACCAGGGCCAUGCCCGGCAGUUAAUGCAGGCCAAAAAUGUGUUUCGUAAUGUGUAUCUAAUUGUUGGAGUGUGCAACGAUGAGCUAACGCACAGCAGAAAGGGCCGCACGGUUAUGGACGACGAUGAGCGGUACGAGGCGGUGCGACACUGUCGCUACGUUGAUGAGAUCGUACGCGACGCUCCCUGGGAGCUGGAUGACGACUUUCUCGAACGGCACAAGAUAGACUUCGUCGCCCACGACGAGAUUCCGUACAGUUCGGAUGAUUGCAACGAUAUCUACGCCAACAUCAAGGCCCGCGGUAUGUUCGUGGCAACGGAGCGCACCGAAGGCGUCAGCACGUCCGACAUCGUCGCCCGGAUCGUCAAGGAUUACGAUAUCUACGUGCGGAGGAAUCUCGCCCGGGGAUACACAGCCAAAGAACUGAACGUUUCGUUCCUGUCGGAGAAAAGGUUCCGUUUCCAGAACAAGAUGGAUGAACUGAAGGACAAGGUGAAGAAGGGUAAAGGGGAUAUCAUCAGCAAGUGGGAGGAGAAAUCAUCGGAUAUCAUACGUACGUUCCUGUUGAUGUUUGGCAAGGACAGCAGAAUCUCAAACUUUUUGUCCGAUUCGAAACAGCGGAUAAAGUCCGCUCUGAGCCCUCCGGGAAGUCCACAUGGAGGCAGCAACAGCAGUUUGCACGAAUACGGUGACGAUGAUGCCGAGAGUCCCGAUUCGGUGCUUGAUUCGCCUCCAAUGAAACGCUCGAAUCUACUGCGAUCGAGAAGUCAGUUGCCGGAAGCCGAUGAUGAGGUGGACGACAACGACGAUGAGAAGAGUGCGGAUGAUGAUGACGACGAAGAUGAAUUCGCGGAUUCACGUUCACAGUUCAAUUCCAGCUACAAUUUGGCCACGAUGGUCAAUGGUCAUAAUGGGCAACACUAGGCCAGAAUGCCGCAAUUUUUCUAGCUUUUGUCGUUAUUGUAGUGAAAUUGUAAUGCACAGAGCAUUGAAUGAAUUGGUUUUUUUGUGUGAACGGUAGAGGAUCGCGUGGAAAUCUUGGACUUGUAGAUCCAGACUGCAACGUUUACCCGCUGAAGGGAUAAUUCUAAUGGAAUGUUAAAUUAGAGGCAAAUUUGUGCGAGCACGAGUGAGAUGGGAUAGAAGCUACGUUUCCUAAAUGUAUUUAUUUAAUUAUAUUAUCUCAAAUGUGGGACAUCUCAACCUUCCGAACAUAGUAGCCAGUAGUAUUGAUUUGAAUUUUAGAAGGUUGUUUAAAAUUUGUCUCCGAGUGGCAAGAAAAUUGUUGUUGCUUAUUCUUUCUAAUUGAAAUUUAAUUUUCAUAACGUUAUCUUGUUUUACUCUGGUGCUGCCGCAUAGCAUAAACUACACUCAUUCGAAAGUUUGUAUAGUUAAUCUAUUACUUGUAUUGCAUCAGGGUGAAAACGAAAACGUUAGUAUCUAGUUGCAGACCUCAAACAUUAUGUUGGCUAAUUGGAAACGAUUAUUGUUUGCAUCGGUAUACUUAUUUAAUGCUAAUUUAUCCAAUGAACUCUGAAACUGGUAUGGUUUACGAAAAAGAAAUUCUAAUCACAAGUAUGUGAUCAGGAAGCAAACAUUGAAAUAUAAAUUAUUAUUACAUAAAUUUA